CAUCUCCUAUACCGCGGAGCACUCCUCGUCCUCGACCCGACAAAUGUGCAAUUGAAAUCAGCAGCAGGCGGCAGCAGACAGGACGUCGGUCAGCGGCAGGCACAGGCACCAUGUCAUCAUCCGACGGCGGGCACAAGCGCACCCCGUCGGCCGUGACCAAAGCUCUCCAGCGGCUGUCCAGCAGAAACAAUGUGCCCACUUUGAACACCGUGACCAGCGACGCACCCACCACCGACACCGACAACAUGUCGAGCCCCGAGGGCAGCAGCAGCGCCCACUACCUGUCGCCCGUUCGAGCUUCGAUGCAGUCCGGCCACCGCCCGCACCUGUCGACCACCAUGUCCAAUACACAGACGCCCCAGGCCCAGACCUCGCCCGUCAAAGACUCGCCCAUCACUCCGAGCACCGCGACUCAGGGCGCCUCGAUCGAGCAGAGCGUGCGACUAUUCAAGGUCUUCGAGGCUCUGCGUAGCGGAGACACGGCAGCUAUUGCAAAAGCAACGCGAGCCAGCGGCGAUGCGAAGCUCGAGGGAACCACAAUCCUCCACCUGGCCAUUCAAUGCGCUGAAAUGGCCGUGAUCGAGUACGUGCUCUCCCAGCACGACGCGGAUAUCAACGCUCGCGAUCGCGACGGCAACACCCCGCUUCACGUGGCUGCGAACCUGGGCCGAGUACCGGUGGUGAAGCUGCUGCUCGAGCAAAAAGAGAUCAACGACUCCAUUGCCAAUCACCAGGGAAAGACGCCUCUCGACGUGGCCCGCAACCCAGACAUCUUUCAGCUGUUGCAGCUUGCCAGGUCUGUGUACACGGAGAAGCAGAUCCGAACUAUUCAUCAGCUGGUGGCUAAGAGCGAUUACGAUGCUCUCGAGGAGCUGCUUUCCGAGAGCCGUGUCAGGUCGACCCUGGACAUCAACGCUCCCGAGCUGGCACAGGAACCUGCCACGAUAGCCGACGGAGGUAGUCUGCUCCAUGAGGCUGCUCGCAAGAGGGACCUGAAACUGGCCCAAUUGUUGUUGCUGAGUGGUGCCGACCCUUUCCGUCGCGAUCGCAGAGGCAAGCUACCACAGGAUGUCACCAAAGAUGAUCGAACGCGUGCGAUCCUCAAGCGAUCACCUGCUGCCGCUGCCGCCCAAAGACAGAUUCAAGAGCAGACCAUCCUCGGUAGUGCGUCACAAGCUAGCGGAGUUCCGACCGGCGAUGGUGGGCCUGGUAGCAAAGAGAGCCGGGAGAUGAAGGGCUACCUGAAGAAGUGGACAAACUAUACCUCUGGAUACAAGCUGCGCUGGUUCGUGUUAGAAGAUGGCGUUUUGUCGUACUACAAACACCAAGACGAUGCUGGGAGUGCUUGUCGAGGUGCCAUCAACAUGCGCAUAGCGAAGUUGCAAAUGGAUCCCAAGGACAAGGACAAGCUACAUUUUGAGAUCCUCGGAAAGAGCUCGGUCAAGUACGAUCUGAAAGCAAAUCACCAAGUCGAGGCGAAGAGAUGGUUCUGGGCUUUGAACAACGCAAUUCAAUGGGCCAAGGACGAAGCCAAAGAAGAGCAGCGACGGGAACGACAGGAAGCCAGUGCCAAACACGAGCACCUCGAACGCGUCAGAACACGGGAAGCGGAGGUGGCACAGAGCGGAGGCAGCUUGACACCGGCGACAGCCGUCACCGGAGGCUCGACAUCUCUGGCUGGCAGUACACUGGGAGACGGAAAUUUGAGCGCAUACGAUGCCAGCGAGGCCGAUGGCAACUCAGUCAUUGUUCGUGACUCCAGUCGUGCGGGCACCGCUAACAUCGAGGGCGACCUGGACGACGAGGAGGACUACGGCGACGAUGCGAGCAGUAAUGAGGUCAAGCCGGGCAACAAGGAUGCCUUUUCUAUUACUGCACAGUCCGCUAAGCUCCAGCUCGACCUUCUGGAGCAAGUAUCUGCGGCACUGCGAAGUGAGAGGGACAAGAGUCCAGAUACGCCGCUGGGACAUCCAACUCUGGAACAAGCCUUGUCUUCGUACGAGACCGCGGUCGGGAAUCUCAAGGGUCUCCUGAUGGACUUGCUCCGCAUCUCUCGUGACCAUGAAGCGUACUGGCAAUAUCGCUUGGAACGCGAACAAAACAUCAGGAGGCUAUGGGAAGACAGCAUGGCAAAGGUGGCUCGAGAGCAAGAGGAACUUGAGAACCGCAUCGGCGAAUCUGAGGACAAGAGGAAACGAACAAAGAAGGCAUUGAAGGAAGCUCUUGAUGGAACUGCCUCAUCGAGAGUCGCGUCGCCUUCAGCCGAGACUGGAGAAAAGGUCAGCUCGCUGCUGGAAGUUCCUGCUGGUCAGCCGAUUAAGAGGCGUCAGACCAUCGCCGAACUGACAAACAACGAGAUCUCUGACGACGACAGCGAAGAAGAGGACGAGUUCUUCGACGCCGUGGAUGCGGGUGAAGUCGAGAUCGUCAAGGCGCUGCCUUCCCCACCACAGUCACCUAAGCCAAUCGCUGCUGACAAGGAUGGCGCACAAGAUGCCAGCUCGAGCAUUGAGCAGGAGCGGCGUGAAAAGGAGAUGCAGAUCUCGAAGAGCUAUCGUGGAUACGAGGAUGGUCUGCGAAAACGACUAAAGAUCGAUGCGGAUAACAGGCCAAAGGUCUCACUUUGGGGUGUACUCAAAUCUAUGAUUGGCAAGGACAUGACCAAGAUGACUCUACCCGUCACCUUCAACGAACCAACUUCGCUGCAUUAUGCGGUCGUGGCGGAUAUGGAAUAUGUCAACCUCCUGAACACUGCAGCGGAUCGUACCGACUCCUCGGAACGCAUGGUCUAUGUCGCUGCAUUUGCAGCGUCCGAGUAUGCUGGUACGAUCGGGCGUGUCGCGAAGCCAUUCAAUCCGCUUCUUGGUGAAACGUUCGAAUACGUGCGACCAGACGAAGGCUAUCGCUUCUUCAUCGAGCAAGUCACGCACCAUCCUCCCGUUGGAGCCGCCUAUGCCGAGUCAAGCAAAUGGACCUACUACGGCGAGUCGAACGUGAAGUCCAAAUUCUAUGGAAAGUCUUUCGAAUUCAACCCUACUGGCACCUGGUACCUCCACAUUCGGCCUAUCGACGGCAGCCCUGAAGAAGUUUAUACUUGGAAGAAAGUCACUUCGUCGGUCGUUGGCAUCUUGACCGGUAAUCCUGUGGUCGACAAUUACGGCCUGAUGGAAGUCAAGAACUGGACCACUGGCGAGACCGCCCUAGUAGACUUCAAGCCUCGGGGCUGGAAGGCAUCUUCUGCCUACCAUGUUUCGGGCAAGGUCCUCGACAAGGACGGCAAUACGCGCUGGUCUCUGGGCGGAAGGUGGAAUGACAAGAUCUAUGCACGACUCACGCCCGGUUAUGAAGGUUCCGUCGACCCAUCUGAAGGCUCUCUGGAGAAGGGCGACAAAGCCUUCCUCGUGUGGGAAGCGCACUACAGGCCUCCUCCAGGCGAGAUUCCUUUCAACCUUACGCCAUUCGUGGUCACACUCAACGACCUCCCCGAUAAAUUGAAACCCUUGGUCGCUCCCACAGACUCUCGUCUUCGACCGGAUCAGAGAGCCAUGGAAGACGCAGAGUACGACUUCGCUGCGACAGAGAAGACUCGUUUGGAAGAAGGUCAACGUGCACGCAGACGCGUUCGAGAAGCCAAGGGCGAGGACUUCACUCCUCGCUGGUUUGUUAGAGCAAAACACCCUGUGACCGGUGAGGAGUUCUGGAAAUUCAACCACGAAUACUGGCAAAUUCGCGAUGAAGUUGCCGAGGGGAAGAGGAACUGGGGCAGUGAGAGACUGGAAGAGAUAUUCUAGAUAGGGUCUGUUUCUGUGGCCGCUAUUACACUUUUGCCUUCGACAGCCGCUUAGGGGCAGGACCGAACUGCAGAUGUUCAGCACAUAAUCUUACUUUCUGCGAGAAGCCUACUAAGUUAGCGCGCAUAUGCUUGCUCAAUCAUUUCUGAG